CUGGGGCGGGCGGAGUCCGGUAAUGGGAGAAGGCGGCGGGGCCGGGCCGGGUCGUCCUCUCCCGUCCUCUUCCCGGGCGCGGGCGGCUGGACGAGCCGGGCUGCGGCCGGCGGAGCAGAGCGGAGCGGGGCGGGACCCCCCAGCCCGCACCAUGCGGAACCGCCCGCUGGGGAGGUUGCUGAAGAGGCGGUCGCGGCUGCUGCUGGCCUGCGGGGUGCUGCUGGCGGGGCUCUGGGCCGCCUACCUGGAGCUCGUGGCGUCGGCGGAGGGCAGCGGCCACCCCCUGAACCGCAGGUAUGGUAGCUGGAGGGAACUGGCUAAGGCUGUGGACCCAAACUUGCAGCUUUAUUAUCCUAAGAAGUCAGGACACCAGAACCAAGAGCAGCAACAAGGUGGGAGGAAUAGGCCAGAUUUUCCUGCAGUGGACAUCUCUUCUCCUUGGAUGCCAGAGUUCCAGGGCCAGGCCAAUCUCCAUGUGUUUGAGGAUUGGUGUGGCAGCUCCAUUGAGCAGCUCAGAAGGAACCUCCACUUCCCACUCUACCCCCAUACACGAACCACCCUGAAGAAGUUGGCAGUGUCACCCAAAUGGACCAACUACGGGCUCCGCAUAUUUGGCUAUCUGCACCCUUUCACUGACGGGGACUUUCAAUUUGCCAUUGCUGCUGAUGACAAUGCUGAGUUCUGGUUGAGUUCAGAUGAAAGGAUCUCUGGCCUCCAGCUUCUGGCUAGCGUAGGCAAGACUGGGAAGGAGUGGACGGCACCAGGAGAAUUUGGGAAGUUCCAAAACCAGCAAUCAAGGCCAGUGAGAUUAGCAGCUUCCGGCAGGUACUACUUUGAAGUGCUGCAUAAACAGGAUGACAAAGGAACAGAUCAUGUGGAGGUGGCGUGGCGACUGAAUGACCCAGAAGCCAAGUUGACAGUCAUAGACUCCCAAUACCUCUCCCUUUUUGCUAAUGAGACUCUCUUAAAGAUGGAUGAAGUUGAACAUAUACCACAGACAUUGGCCAGCCGUGCAAAUCAGUCGACUGCCAGUCUGAGCAAGAAGACACACCCAGCUGACAUGCUGAAGCCUGACCCUCGGGACACUAUUUAUAAAGUGCCUCUGAUUAGUAAGUCACGCCUGCGGAAGACGUUGCCGGACUGCCCUUACAAACCCAGCUACCUGGUGAAUGGAUUCCCAUUAUCACGCUAUCAAGGACUCCAGUUCGUUCACUUGUCCUUUGUUUACCCAAAUGAUUAUAGCCGCCUGAGCCAUAUGGAGACAGACAACAAAUGCUUCUAUCAGGAGAAUCCAUAUUACUUGGAAAGAUUUGGAUUCUAUAAAUAUAUGAAAAUUGACCAGCCAGAGAGGAGAAAUCCGGAGUCUGAGGAGAAAACAGAGCAACCAGGCUAUGAGGAAGGGAACCCUGAUGAGUUUCAGUACAUGGACCAGGACACAAACCCCAGCAAGCAGGGGGCAGAGCUGGCAGUGGGCAAGGCAUACCCUAGCAUACUGAUGGGCUAUGAUGAUGUUUACAAUGACUACUCUCUCCAGGGGCAUAGGAAGCCCCUCUCACUCACAAAUGGCAAUGUGAAGGAGGCAGUCCCAAACAGAAGAAGAAAGAGGCCCCAUAGGAAGGCAGUUACCCUCACUUCAGACAACCAACGCAUCAACAAAACCAAUCUAGAAAGAAACCCACCCAUGAGGAGGCCUCACUUAAAAACUGGGGUCAAGGACAAUUCCAAAUAUCCUUCUCAGCAUGCCAGGAGCACCCGUGGAAGGCCACUCAUCAAGAAAAGAAUAGGAGACCCAGGUCCUGUCUCUAGCACAAGCCCUCAGGAUGCCUCGGAGCAUUCUCCUGGUGGGUCUAGGGACUCAGGUGGUAGGAUACCAAGAGGAGCAAGGCCUCCUCAGAGAGAUCUCAAUUCAACUAACACCAAGAACCAACCAAUGGGCACCAUACAAGCCAAGAGACAAAGCCCAGUCUCUGGUAAAACCAGCAGAAGAGCUGUAAGCGCUGCCAGCCUCAGCAAACAGACCCUUUACCAAGCACAGUGGCUAAACCAAGUGGAGUCAUAUAUUGCUGAGCAGAAGGUGGCAGAUGGCAUUGAUGCGGAUGUGGAGAAGGGUCAAGUAGAGUCUCAGGCAAAGGACAGGCAUGAACUUGUAGACCUAGCAGUAGCAGAGGAAGAAGAAGAGAUCAAAGGAGAAGUCGAGGGGGAGGAGGAAGGAUUUGACUACAUGCCAGUGUUUGACCAAGUAGUGAACUGGGAACAGACCUUCAGCACAAGCAUCUUGGAUUUCCACGUGCUGCGAACAGACUGGAUUGACCUGAAGUGUAACACAUCGGGGAACCUGCUGCUCAAAGAGAGGGAGGCCCUGGAGGUCACACACAUCUUCCUAAAGAAGCUCAACCAGAAGAACAAAGGGAGGUUCCAGCUGCAGCGCAUAGUGAAUGUGGAGAAGCGGCAGGACCACCUACGAGGGAGCCGCUACCUGCUGGAGCUGGAGCUACUGGAGCAGGGGGGACGGCUUGUCCGCUUCUCAGAGUACAUCUUUGCACGGGGUUGGCAAGGCAUUGGUGGUGAUGAUCAGGAGAGGAACAUGAGGAACCUGGUUUGGGGCCACCGGCGCCACUUGAUGGGUGUGGCUAAUGAGCCGGAGCUGUGCUGGCCACUGGGCUUUUCCUGGAACCAUCAUGCUGUUGUCCACUUUAUCGUGCCAGUGAAAAACCAGGCCCGCUGGGUACUGCAGUUUAUUUCUGACAUGGUGGAAUUGUCCCAAGUCACCAAAGACCCACACUUCAAUGUCAUCAUCACAGACUACAGCAGUGAUGACAUGGAUGUAGAGAAAGCUCUGAAGAGGUCCCGGUUACAGAGUUAUCAGUACUUGAAGCUGACAGGGAAUUUUGAACGCUCAGCAGGGCUCCAAGCUGGCAUAGACCUUGUGAAGGAUCCACACAGUAUCAUUUUCCUCUGCGAUCUCCACAUCCACUUCCCAGGCGGGAUCAUCGACUCAAUUCGGAAGCACUGUGUGGAGGGCAAGAUGGCCUUUGCACCCAUGGUCAUGCGGCUGCAUUGUGGUGCAUCCCCACAGUGGCCUGAUGGGUACUGGGAGGUGAAUGGAUUUGGUCUCUUGGGCAUAUACAAGUCUGACCUGGAUAAGAUUGGGGGCAUGAACACCAAAGAGUUUCGGGAUCGCUGGGGAGGAGAGGAUUGGGAACUCCUGGACAGGAUUUUGCAGGCUGGCUUGGAAGUAGAACGACUCUCGCUGAGACAUUUCUUCCACCGAUUUCACUCUAAACGGGGCAUGUGGAACCGACGCCAGUUGAAGACACCAUAAUGUUUGAUUGGCCGAGCUAGUCAGUCUGGCAUCCCAGCAUGCACUUUAUCUAGGCCCAGAGCACACAUUCUUCCCUUUCAAAGCCUCAUACAUGGCUGGAUUUACACAGGUUUGUGGAAUAGGCCAGUCAGAGGAAUGGGAACUUCUCUUGUGAGUCAUUAAGGCUCAAACACAGGAUCUGUGUUUGUGUUGGGGGAGCCUAAGACACUGAAAGUACCUCUAGACCCUGAUUGAUGGCACAAUGGAAGAGAUGCCACACUGCCUGGAGUACUUGCAGGGUUCCAAAAAAAAAGAGGGAAAAAGGGAACAAAUCCUAGUUACACGUAAAAUGGAUUAUGUACAAUAAUGCAGAUGCUGCUUCUGAUACUUGAAAAAAAAUGACUGACUUCCAUGUCUUUGGACAGGGGACCAAAGUAAGUUCUCUGAACUGCAUUGUACCUGAAUCCCCACGUCCCAGCCUGGCAGAGACUACGUGUGGAGCAGCUGAAUUAAAACUUGAAGCUGCCAGUGCUUAGUCCAUUUCACCAUGCUUUCACUUAAAUCAAUAGGAAAAACUAUACUCAGGUUCAACAAACCAUGGGCUGCAUACAGAAUGUAAACAGUAGGCAGCAUUUGCCUGUCAUUGCUUGAAGUUAAGAACAAACUGUGUCGUCUGCCUGAAACUGCUGCUGGGGACUUGGAGAGGCUAGGUAAGGCCACCUCUGUUGUAACUGAAAAGCCUUAUCUACAGCUGUGGCCCCGGCAGACGAACAAGCUUGUCCCAAUGACACCAGAGAACUAACAGGGAAGAAAUGGCAAUAUUUUAUUAGUUGAAAUAGUGUAAUUUUAUCAGCGAAAAGACGAAUUGUUCUGACCCUGUUGCUCUGCAGAUAAGAGCAUCUGAGGGUUAAUGUCAUAAGUUUCGACUUUGCAGUCAUGUUCUUUUGUAGCUAUGACUUGUGUAGAGACCAGGUUGGUGUGCCUUAGCAGAAGCACAAGAGCACCUAAGGAUUCUGCACAUAUGGAAAGAUGAAGGAAGCUUCAUGUAGCACUGGUACCAUGGACCUGCAGCCUGGUGCUUGCCCUGGUGCAGGAUCGUGCAAGUCUGUGAACUGCACUGCUAAACGGAUGGCAAGGGUCUAUUGUUUCACUGGUAAAAGGACUAUGGAUGGGGACGCUGCUCAAACACAGUAGAGCCUUGCUCCAAUUGAAGUCAACGGCAAGGCCAUACUACACAGACUGCUGCUGGCCUCCUACACUGAGGGAGGAGAGCAGCCAGGUGGAAAGAUUGCUUCUGAUUAUCUGCAGUUUGCGGGAAUCAGUUGACAGAGUAACAGAUUUUUAGGACAAAUUGCAGGGCUGAGUUGGUGCCUGAAUUUUCUGCCUUUCAUACAAUGGUGAUCAAGGCCAGGCAUGCAUUGUGUGCCACCCCUAAAUUACAAUUUCAUUUGUCCUUAAUGAACCCUGUGGCACCUGACAGGCUCCCCUGCUGCCAUUGUUGCAAUCUCCAGCAGCAAACAGUAGACUGAUCUUGGCACACAGGAUUUAGGCCUAGGUUGUCAGCUUGUUUUCUGAGCUGACCCCGCUCUCAACUCUUUGCUUGACAGGAGCAGGGAAAAGUAUCAGGGGCUGAGCAGAGCAUGCCAUGCAGAGUGGAGCAGUGUUGAUGAACAUAUAAGGCUCAGGCAUCUCUUAAUCUAUUAAACCUUUAUAUGAAUGUAGCCAUUUGGGACUUGUGGGGAUGAAUCCUCCAGGCCAUUCCAAAUAGCAGCCUCUUGUCAGAAAGAGGGUCCUUUUUUAACAUGUGGAGGGUGGUGGCAGAGGAAGAUAGCUGUCUUGCUGCAGAGGUGUGAGUUCAAGCCUUGGUCCAUAUUUGUACCCAAGGCCCUUCUCCAGUCAACCCAGCUGUCAACAGAUACCUGGUUUUUUGAGCUGGGAAAUUGAAAGUGGCUAACUGUGUCACUCCCUUUGAUACUGCUGGCUACAGAAAGUGGCAGGCCUUAACCCAACAGUGGGCAAUUAUUUGGGUUGGGAGGCCACUUAAUGACUUUUGGUGACCUGUCAAGGGCCAUCCCUCCUCCUUUCCUUCCCCCUCCCAUCCCCCCUCAGCUGUGACCAGUGCAGAAGCCUGAACCCGCCCACAGCUUUAGCACAACCCCCCCUAUGGAGUCCCCUCCCGCCCCUUUUUCUCCCCCUUCCCCACCCCAGUCUGGACCCAGCAGCUACGGGUUGCAUCCACAGCUGCCCAAAUGCGACCAGCAGCUUCCAAGUCAUAGAUUUCAUAGAUUUCAUAGACAUUAGGGCUGGAAGGGACCUCGGAAGAUCAUCGAGUCCAGGCCCCGCCCAAAGGGCAGGACGUCAGCUGGGGUCAUAGGAUCCCAGCAAGAUAAGCAUCCAGUUUCAUCUUGAAGGUGUUCAAUGAAGGCGCUUGAACAACCUCCGGCGGUAGGCUGUUCCAGACCUUGGGGGCUCGGACAGUAAAGAAAUUCUUCCUUAUGUCCAGCCUGAAAUGAUCUUGUAGUAGUUUGUGACCAUUCGUCCUCAUCAUCCCUUGGGGCGCUCUGGUGAACAAACGUUCCCCCAGAUACUGGUGAUCACCCCUGAUAAACUUGUAGGUGGCCAUCAGAUCACCCCUGAGCCUGCGCUUUUCCAGGCUAAAGAGCCCCAGGGCUCUCAGCCUGUCAUCGUAGGGUCUGCUUCCCUGACCCCUGAUCAUGCGCGUGGCUCUUCUCUGGACUCUCUCAAGCUUCUCCACAUCCUUUUUGAAUUGUGGAGCCCAAAACUGGACGCAGUACUCCAGCUGCGGCCUCACUAAGGCCGAGUACAGGGGGAGAAUGACGUCCUGGGAUUUGCUUGAGAAGCAUCUAUGAAUGCAAGCCAGUGUUUUGGUCGCUUUACUAGCCGCUGCAUCGCAUUGCAGGCUCAUGUUCAUCUUGUGGUCAAUGAUGACCCCCAAGUCUCUUUCUUCCAUAGUGCUAACCAACAUAGCACUGCCGAGCCUAUAAGGAUGCUGCGGGUUUUUCUUCCCAAGGUGGAGAACCUUGCAUUUAUCGGCAUUGAACACCAUCAGAUUUUCAUCCGCCCACUUGCUGAGCCUGUCCAGGUCAGCCUGGAUCACCCGCCUGUCUUCUGGCGUGGAUGCUUUGCCCCAAAGUUUGGUGUCAUCGGCGAACUUGGCCAGUCCGCUUCUGACUCCAGUGUCCACAUCGUUAAUGAAGAUGUUGAACAGUAUGGGUCCAAGGACAGAGCCCUGGGGGACCCCACUGGUCACAGGACACCACGAUGAGUGACUUCCAUCAAUUACUACCCUCUGGGUCCGACCCCGGAGCCAAUUUUCCAGCCAGUGGAUCGUGGGGGACCCAAGACGACAAUUGGCCAGUUUCUCCAAGAGACGAUCAUGGGACACCAGAUCGAAGGCUUUUUUGAAGUCAAGAUAUAUGACAUCAAUCUCAUCUCCCUUGUCCAGGUGAUAGGUCACCUGGUCGUAGAAGGAAAUGAGAUUGGUCAAGCAAGACCUACCCGCAACAAACCCGUG